ACUGAUACGCUCGCGGCAAUGAGCGCUGGGAAGACGGGUGUGGGCGAAGCGGCUGCCGUGGCGUCUGGAGUGACGUGCUGAGACCGAGGGCGGUGCUACUCGGUGCCGAGAGUCAGUCAAGGGGCAGCCGAGGGUGACGUGCCGGGGGCUUGUGUGUGUCGUAUCUGUCAGUCAGGGAGUGGUCACCGGUAGGACUCGGGCCUGUACAAGGCCGUGUAGCCGGAGGUCGAGGGAAGUGUGGCCUGGUCGGGUCUACAGAGGAGUUCGUGGAUCGCUUCUGGUUCCUGGUUUUCGUUCAGCAUCUCGGGAGCUGCCAGCGUCUUCGGGAGGCCACCCCGCGCCACUUCCUUCCCUUUCCUUCUCUUCCCUUUUUCUCCCAGCUUACGGGGGGGGGGUUCCUCGGUUUCUUCCCUGUCGCUUUCCUCGCCUGCGCCCAGCCAUGUCGGGGUUGCUGGGCAAGCUGUUCGGGACAGGUGGGAAGAGCGGCGGGAAGGGGCCUUCUCCCCAGGAGGCCAUCCAGCGACUUCGCGACACCGAGGAGAUGCUGAGCAAGAAGCAGGAGUUCCUGGAGAAGAAGAUAGAGCAGGAGCUGGGGGCGGCCCGCAAACACGGCACCAAGAACAAGCGCGCUGCACUUCAAGCCCUAAAACGAAAGAAGAGGUAUGAGAAGCAGCUUGCACAAAUAGAUGGCACGUUAUCAACAAUUGAAUUCCAGAGGGAAGCACUGGAAAAUGCCAACACCAACACUGAAGUGCUCAAGAAUAUGGGCUUUGCUGCUAAAGCAAUGAAAGCUGCUCAUGACAACAUGGAUAUUGACAAAGUAGAUGAACUAAUGCAAGACAUUGCAGAACAGCAGGAGUUAGCAGAAGAAAUUUCAACAGCUAUUUCUAAGCCUGUAGGCAUCGGUGAAGAAUUUGAUGAGGAUGAACUGAUGGCUGAACUAGAGGAACUAGAACAGGAAGAAUUGGACAAAAACUUGCUGGAGAUCAGUGGUCCUGAAACAGUUCCACUCCCCAGUGUGCCCUCAAUAUCUAUACCUUCAAAACCAGCAAAGAAGAAAGAAGAAGAAGAGGAUGACGACAUGAAAGAGCUAGAAGCUUGGGCUGAAAACAUAUAACUGCACCAGUUGCCAGCUGGAAAAACAAUUAAGACUCUGGUCACCUGCUACUACAGGUGCAUGUAUGGGUGGGAGACAUCAUUAAGCGUAACGUCUUUAUUUCUUAAUCCCAAAGCUUUGGGAAUUGCAUUCUGAGUUGCGUGGUCUGAGCAAGGGAAACAAAGGUUCCAAAGAAAGUUGCCUGCAGUUUAGGAUGCUAGAUUUCUUUAAAUAAUAAAUCUUAUUGGUAAAAUUUCAACAUUCAGCUUCUGGACUAUGCUAAUGCUACUGCUGGAUCUUCAUCUUUCAGAAUUCUGGCAAUGCUGAGUCUUGACUUGGGAUGUGAAGCUUGUAACUUAAAUUGAUGGAAACGUUUUUAGAAGUCUUGUAAAGUAUUUCAGAAGAAAAAGUCAUAAGCUGUUAUUGACUUAUUAUGCUUAGAUGUACAAAUGCAUUUAUUAGGCUUUUAGUUCUUUAAAGUCUGUAUUUGUAUCCAUUGGCGGCAUUGACUGUCCUCUCAUCACUACAAUGAUUUGGCCACUGUUCCCAAUUUGAUUUGGUGAAGUGGAUUUAGAAUGACAAAGCAAUUACAUAAUGGAAGUACUAGCUGUACACUUUUCUACAUAGCACUUGGAAUGUUGAUUGGAUAUUGGUUAUCACAAAUAGCAUUCAAAUACAAACAUACAUUUAUUUUAAGUAAAGAUCUGUGGAUUACACUGUAUUAAAUACCUUGAUUGAUUUUCA